AUGAUCUGGAUACUUCAAGUCUUGUUCUCACCGCUGCCAACACCAGCACUGAUUAGUCUUAUUGCAUUUGGAGCUGGCAUCUUCCUGUGGGUGAUAAGCAGGCCAAAACCUGUUUUGCCUCCUGUUGACUUGAACAAGCAGUCAAUAGGAAUUGAGGGAGGAGCCAGAAGAGGUGCACUUUUGACAGAUAAUAACCUGCUGUCUUACUACUUUGAAGAUGGUAAAACCCUGUAUGAAGUUUUCCAGAGAGGACUGCAUGUUUCUGAAAAUGGCAGCUGUUUAGGCUACAGAAAACCCAACCAACCCUACCAGUGGCUGACGUAUAAACAGGUUUUGGACAGAGCUCAAUACCUGGGAUCAGGGCUUCUGCAAAAAGGAUGCAAACCAUCAUCAAACCAGUUUAUUGGCAUUUUUGCUCAGAAUAGGCCAGAGUGGAUCAUUUCAGAGUAUGCCUGCUACACUUACUCAAUGGUUGCUGUUCCGCUCUACGACACUCUGGGGCCAGAGGCCAUUAUAUAUAUUGUUAACAAAGCUGACAUAAGCAUUGUGAUCUGUGACAAACCUGAGAAGGUGCAGAUCUUGCUUGAGAACUGUGAGCAAGAAAAGUCCCCAUGUCUGAAGACUAUCAUUCUCAUGGAUCUCUUUGAUAAAGAGCUCAAGGACAGAGGAGCUAAAGUGGGAGUUGAAAUUCUAGCACUGCAGGAAGUUGAGGAGCUGGGAAGAAACAACAUCAGAGAGCCAGUUCCUCCUAAGCCUGAAGAUCUUUGCAUUGUGUGUUUUACUAGUGGAACCACAGGUAACCCUAAAGGAGCCAUGCUGACACAUCAAAAUGUUGUUGCAAAUGCUGCUGCAUUCCUUAGAAGCACAGAGAACAUAGUUGAGUGUUCAAGUUCAGAUAUCACCAUGUCCUACCUUCCGUUGGCUCACAUGUUUGAGAGAGUUGUACAGACUGUGGUCUACAGCUGUGGAGCAAAAGUAGGCUUCUUCCAAGGAGACAUCAAGCUGCUAACAGAUGACAUGAAAACCUUGAAGCCAACGCUAUUUCCAGUUGUACCAAGACUGCUCAAUAGAAUAUAUGACAAGAUACAAAGUGGUGCAAAAAGCCCAGUGAAACGUUGCCUGUUAAACCUUGCUGUGACUAUGAAGACGGCUGAAAUAAAACAGGGCAUAUUUCGAAAUGACAGCAUUUGGGAUCAACUAAUCUUCAAAAAGGUUCAGGAAACCAUGGGUGGAAGAGUGCGUAUAAUGGUAACAGGCGCAGCCCCUAUAUCUCCCUCUGUCCUGACAUUUCUUAGAGCAGCAUUAGGCUGUCAGAUCUUUGAAGCUUAUGGCCAGACUGAAUGCUCAGCUGGAUGUACCUUCUCAAUGCCUGGAGACUGGACAACAGGCCAUGUUGGAGCCCCUCUGGCUUGUAAUAUCAUAAAACUAGAUGAUGUGGAAGAAAUGAACUAUUUCUCUUCUAACAAUGAAGGCGAGGUCUGCAUUAAAGGACCAAAUGUGUUCAAGGGUUAUCUGAAAGACCCUGAGAAGACAGCAGAAGCAAUUGAUAACGAUGGAUGGCUCCACACUGGAGACAUAGGGAAAUGGUUGCCAAAUGGAACACUGAAGAUCAUUGAUAGAAAGAAGAAUAUAUUUAAACUUGCACAAGGAGAAUACAUUGCUCCAGAGAAGAUAGAAAAUGUCUAUAUCAGAAGUGGUCCUGUAGCUCAGGUCUUUGUGCAUGGGGAAAGCCUGAAGUCUUUUCUAAUAGGUAUAGUGGUUCCUGAUCCUGAGACACUUCCAGAAUUUGCAGCAAAACUGGGAAUAAAAGGUUCCUAUGAAGAUGUCUGCAAAAAUCCAGCAGUGAAGAAAGCUAUUUUAGAAGAUAUGGUCAGACUGGGGAAAGAGGCUGGCCUUAAAUCCUUUGAACAAGUUAAAGACCUGUAUAUCCACACAGAGAUGUUCUCUGUAGAAAAUGGACUCUUGACACCAACACUGAAGGCAAAGCGAGCAGAGCUUGUUAAACUCUUCCAGAAGCAGAUUGAGGCCCUCUAUUCAAGUAUGCAGGAAUAAGUGGCUAACUGCAAUUAAACUGCAUGGAGUACCCAAACAUAUCCGUGACACUACAUGACCUAUGGAAAACACACAUGAGUGUAUCAGAGCAAGAACUUAAAUAUAUUGCUUCUGGUAUCCUGGGAAAAAUGACUUUCAGAUGAAGACGGCUGUAGUGUAACUGACAACUGGCA